AUGACAUCGCGAAUGACGUCGCAAAUGACUUCGCAAGCACCGCAUCCCUCAAUCCGCGCGCCAGCCGCCGCUUUGCACAUCGACCUUCCCCCGAGUCCGCGUUCCCCGUCGUCCCGCCGCCGUUCCGCCCCCCGUCGGCCCCCCCUUGCGCCUCCGCAAGUCGCCCAGCCCUCCCUAUCGGACCCCGCGGAAGCUCCCGCGGAGGUUUUUGUGCGCUUCCCGCAGCCCACUGCUCCGCCAUUGCGCUCCCCCGCCACGCCCGCGCGCGUAAAACCUUCGGCUUUUGGUCCCCCCGCCGCCGAUACGCACCCAAAUAGCCCCGGCUCACGACCUUCCCCCCGUCCCCCCUUUCCCCGCGUUUUUUCCCCUCGCUCCGCACCAUCCCCCGCCUUCUCCGAGAAGCUCUCCCCCAGCGCGCAACUUUCCGCCAGCGCGCCUUCCGCCACUGCGCAGUCCCCCGAUUUUUCCUCCGCGCGCGCGCAGUUUCCCGCUUCCUUAGACGCGCCUUCCCCCGGCGGCAGUCACAGUCAGGCGGGCGUUUCCCCGGGCAGCAGCACGAGCCAAUCGACAGGUGCCACGUGGCGGCCCGCGCAGGUGCGCGCGCAUCCAAGCAGGAACGCGAGGAGCGCAUUUCGACAAUCGCAGUUGAGAAGCGGCGACGCGCAGCCGCCCUUUCUGGCGCCAGAUGCGGCGGAAAAAGAGGGGACGGGAGAAAGCGCGAGAAAGAGAACUGGAAGAAGGGGAUUGAAAAAGGGAGAGGCGGAGGAGGUGGCGGAUAAAGCGGCGACAAGAGCGGAAGCAGGGAAAGGCAGGAUAGGAGAACGAACGGAAAACGGGGAAGGAGGGGGGAGAGGAACCGGCUCGUCCCAGUUAACUCAGGGGAAAGGCUCGGCGCAGCUGAGUCAAGGCACAGGGGAUGGUGAUGGCUCUGUGCUGUGGGUGUGUGAACCGUCAGCACGUGAUAUGGAUCGAGCAGCAGCAGUUGGGGCGGAUCUAACUCUGAACGGUGCAGAUCGAGUCUUGGACGGUGCAUAUCGAGCAGUGGACGGUAUGGAUCUUGCAUGGAUCGAAGCUUGUGGGAAGGAUUCCUUGGGGCAUGGCCAUGGCGAUCCAGCCAUCACCCGUGCUGCCACUGCUGCUGCCGCUGCUGCUGCUGGUGCUGCUGCAUCUGCUUCUCCUGUUCCCCCUUCAGCUCCACUCACUCCCCACUCCCUCAAACACCCGCCUCUCACUCCCCCCGUCCUCACCCCACGCUCCCCCCUUCCCCCCGACUCCCCCCUUCCCCCCGACUCCCCCUUCCUCCGCGUUCUGGCCUCCCCCCGCCCUCCCCGCGAUUCCCCCUUCCGCCCCCCCCAAAAGCAAAGCUUUCAGUGGCAGCAGGAGCAGCUGCCACGUCAGCUCUCGCCACGUCAGCAGUUCAGUGAGGAGGUCCCAGGGUCUGACGUGGCACACAGACAGUGGGGAGGGGACGAGGAGGAAGGAGGGGAGGGGGAAGAAGGAGAGUGGGAGGAGGAGGAGGAGGAGGAGGAGGAGGAGGAGGAGGAGGAGGAGGAGGAGGAGGAGGAGGAGGAGGAGGAGGAGGAAUGUGAGGGGGAGGAUGAAGAGGAAGAGGAGGAAGAAGAAGAGGAGGAAUGUGAGGGGGAAGAGGAGGAAUGUGAGGGGGAAGAGGAGGAAUGUGAGGGGGAAGAGGAGGAAUGUGGGGGCAAUGAAGGAGAGAGGGACGCGAGGGGAGAGGAGCGAGGGAGCAGGAGGUUACAGAGGAGGGGCAGCUGUGGGGAGGUGGAAAUGCGGAGCGGAAUGGGAGAAGGGUCAGAUGAAAGAGGAGAGAGGGAAGGAGUGAGAGAGGGGCGAGGAAGCAGGAGGCUGCAGAGGAGGGGUAGCUGUGGGGAGGCUGAAAUGCGGGAAGGAAGGGAAGGGUCAGAGGAACAACAGGGGAGUAGCAGGAGGCUUCAGAGGAGGGGCAGUUGUGGGGAAGUUGAAAUGCGGAGUGAGGGCAAGCGGAAUGAGGCAGGGCAGGGAGCCCCCUCUGGUGUGAGCAGGGCUCAGGUGCUUGCUCGAGCGGAGAGCUUAAGAGUGAUGCUUAGAGGUGAACGGCCUGGUUCUGCUGCUGCUGCUGAGAAUGGGGCCUGGGCAAAGGAGCUUGGGCGAGUGGAGAGCUUAAGAGUGACGCUUAAGGGUGCAAGGCCUGCUGCUGCUGGUGGUGGGAAUGAGAAUGGGAGCAGGGAAAAUCAGCUAGGACGAGCGGAGAGUUUAAGAGUGACUCUUAAAAGGGCGCGGCCUUCUAGUGCUACUGCUGGUGGGAAUGGGAGCAGGGAGCUUGGACGAGCGGAGAGUUUAAAAGUGACGCUUAAAGGUGCAAGGCCUGCUAGUGCUGGGGUGGAGGAGAGGAGGGUGGUUGAUACUGGGAUGAAAACGCGAGGAGGGGGGAGAGAAGAGGAGGAGGAGAGAAUGGGGGGAAGAGGGGGAGGAGGACCAAGGGGGAGGGGAUAUGGGAGGGGGAGAGGAGGAAGAGAGGGUAGAGGGGGAAGAGGGCAGAGGGAAGUGGAGGGGGGUAGAGGGAGAGGAGGGAGAGGUGGUUGGUGUGAGAGGAGGCAAAUGGCCCGUGCUUUAAGUAUGCCUGUGGAAAGGGGAGGUGGUAGAGGGGGUGCGGGGAAUGGGGAGGGAGGAGUAAAUGGGAGAACGGAAGAGGGAAGGGGGGUGAGGGGAAGUGUGAGAAGAGAAGACGGAAAUGGGGAGGGGGGAAGUGGGAGAGUGGAAGUGGGAAGGGGUGAGCGGGGUGCGGGGAUGAGUGGGAGACGAGAGGAGUGGAUGGAACAGCAAGGGAUGGAAGGAAGAGAGGGAGAGAAGGGGGAGAAAUCAAGGGGGGACGAAUACGGGGGAAGGGGAAUGGGGAGGCUAGGUAGUGGGGGGAGAGGCAGAGGUGUGGGGAGAGGGAGAGGCGACGGGAGAGGUAGAGGCAAGGAUAGGGAAGGAGGGAGGGAAGGAGUUGGGAGCAGAGGGAGAGGGAGGGGAGGGAGAGGAGGGAGGGGAGAGAGGGGAGGGAGAGGAGGGAGAGGAGGAAUGAGGGAAGGGGGGCAGGAGCGGGGCCUUCGACGUUCCCAUACAGCGGAUAUGGUGAGGGGUGGGCGAGAGCGAGGGGGAGAAGCAGAUGUGGUGAGGAGGAGGCAAGGAUGCAGAGAGAAAGGUGCGUGUGUUGGGAGGCCAGCUUUUAAGACGUCUCAGAAAACAGACCUUCACAGUGGAAGAGAAGACACCUGCUAUGAUCCAGUAACGGGGGAGGGGGGAGAGUGGGAAGAGGAGGAAGAGUGGUUGAAAGGGGAGUGGGAAGAGGAGGAAGAGUGGUUAAAGGGAGAGUGGGAAGAGGAGGGAGAGUGGGAGGAGGAGGAAGAGUGGUUGAAGGGAGAAUGGUCAGGAGAGGAGUUAGGAGAGGGAACGGGUGUUACAGGGAAUGCUGGCGCAACAGUCAGAAAGCCUAUAGCCGAUACUGCCACAUCUACUCCCCCUUCUCCUCCCCCUGCUCCUCCCCCUGCUCCUCCCCCUGCUCCUCCCCCUGCUCCUCCCCCUGCUCCUCCCCCUGCUCCUCCCUCUGCUCUUUCCUUUCCUCCGUCCCCUGCUCCUCCCCCUGCACUUUCCUUUGUUCCUCCCCCUGCUCCUCUCCUUUCUCCUCCCAGUUUUUCCCCCUCGGCACCUUCGCAUGUCUACACUCCCCAUACUCGAGACUCUCAUCCCCACAUGCUCUCACCAUCUGCCACAGCUGCUCUUCCUUCUGCGGUCCCUGCUACUCCAUCUUUCCCCCCCUCCGCAUCUUCUCCGCAUGUCUACACUCCCACUCCCCAAGCUUCAACUCCCCAUGAAACUCCCAUUGUUACUCCCCCUGCCAUUCGCCCUGCUCCCCCUGCCAUUCGCCCUGCUCCCCCUGCUGUCCGGCCAGCUCCCCUUGCCGUUGCUCCUCCAACUGCCCGUCUACUAGACAAUCAGCCCUCUCCAUCCCUGCGCACCCGUCCCCGGAUUCUACGCAAAAUGGCAUCUCUGGGUGCGGUGCAGAGGGUUUCCGAUGACUUGGGUGCGGUGCAGAGGGUUUCCGAUGACUUGGGUGCGGUGCAGAGGGUUUCGGAUGGUUUGGAUGCCUACCGGUUUGGUGAUCUGUAUGCUGCGCCUGUGGCGCAGUACACACUUGCUUCAAAGCCACCUGCUUCUCUUGCGUUGCCUUCAGUGCACGCACCCGCCUCUGCUUCAGCUGUUAGCAAUGCUGCCAGCAGCAAUGCUACAAGCAGCAAUGUUACAAGCAGCAAUGCUACCAGCAGCAGCAGCAGCAGGCGAAUUGCGGUUACCACCGGCACACUUGAUGUUACCAGCGUUAGCAACAGUCUGGUUGUGAGAGCACUCGCCUCGCCUCGAGUGCGCUCUGCCUCUGUUACCAGUGAUGCUACCAGCAUUGUUACCACCAGCGAUGUUGCUAGCACUGCCAGUGCUACCAGCUGUGCCAGUACUGCCGGCAUUCGCAACAGCCUGGUUGUGAGAGCGCUCGCCUCGCCUCGAGUGCGGUCAGCUGUUGCCAGGUCAAAAAAGCAGUGGGAGCAGGAUGAACAGUGCCGGGGUAAUCAUGAGCCAUCGGCAGAGGUGAACAGUCCGCGCCUGCCCAGCCUCCUGGAAUUGGAUGGGGAGGGAGAUGACGGGGAGAAGAUGAGAGCGGGCAAGGCGGAUGGGGAGAGGGCGAAUCGGAAGGAUCGCUUGCAGAAACAGCGGCACCAGCAGCAGCAGCAGCAGCAGCAGCAGCAGCAGCAACACCAGCAACAGCACCGGCAGCAGCAACGGUCGCUCCAGUUGCAGACACACAGCAGCUUCAGAGCCCGUCAGACCCUCCUCUCACCCUCCUCCCUUCCCUCAAUUCCCUCCGAUCCCUCCGAUCCCUCCAAUUUUCCCAUUCCCUCUGCUCCCUCUUUUCCCUCCGACCCUUCUUUUCCCUCCGACCCUGCUACAUCCCCGAAUGGCACUGGUUUGUUUGAAAGUUAUCCACUUAAAACCAUCUCCACCGCUCUAGACACCUCCCCUCGAUCCAUUUAUCCCAAGUCUUCUUCGAAUCCAACCAUCCGAGCCAUUUCCGAGGCACUUCCAAGCCUUCAGCACAGCGUGGUACGGGCUGCCUCACAGCCUGUUCCCAAGGCUUGUCCCGGACCUGUUGCCGAGCCUGGGCACAAGCGGCGGGUGUCUUUCAACUCGGUGGUGCAGGUUCGGAAAAUCACCGAACUUAGCAGCAGCAAUGGGAAAGAGGGGGAGUGUAAGAGUUUGGAUGCUAGGUUGUUUAAGAGUGCAGCUGUCAAUGGGGCAGACGCAGCAUCAAGUAGAAAUGGAGCAGCAAAAACAGGAAUGGCAGGAGCAAGAGCAAGCGCAGCUACAGGAACAGGUCUAUGA